GGUGUGGGAAGGGCCAUGGGGGACCUGUUUAUACUCAGGGUGGCUGUGGGCAUAUGCUAUGCAACCUUCAGUGCCUCUGCCUGGUCAGUGAACAAUUUCCUGAUAACAGGUCCCAAGGCCUAUCUGACCUACACCACCAGCGUGGCCCUGGGUGCCCAGAGUGGCAUCGAGGAGUGUAAGUUCCAAUUUGCUUGGGAACGCUGGAACUGCCCUGAAAAUGCUCUCCAGCUUUCCACUCACAACAGGCUGAGAAGUGCCACCAGGGAGACUUCCUUCAUUCACGCUAUCAGCUCUGCUGGAGUCGUGUACACCAUCACCAAGAACUGUAGCAUGGGCGACUUUGAAAACUGUGGCUGUGAUGUGUCAAAAAAUGGAAAAACAGGAGGCCAUGGCUGGAUCUGGGGAGGCUGCAGCGAUAAUGUAGAAUUUGGGGAAAGAAUCUCUAAACUUUUUGUGGACAGCCUGGAGAAGGGGAAGGAUGCCAGAGCCCUAAUGAAUCUUCAUAACAACAGGGCAGGCAGGCUGGCAGUGAGAGCCACCAUGAAAAGGACUUGCAAAUGUCACGGCAUCUCAGGGAGCUGUAGCAUCCAGACUUGCUGGCUGCAGCUGGCUAACUUCCGGGAGAUGGGCGACUACCUGAAGGCCAAGUAUGACCAGGCACUGAAAAUUGAGAUGGAUAAGCGGCGGCCAAGGGCUGGGAACAGUGCCGAGGGCCACUGGGCACCCACUGAGGCCUUCCUUCCUAGUGCAGAAGCCGAGCUGAUCUUUUUAGAGGAAUCGCCUGAUUACUGUACCCGCAAUUCCAGCUUGGGCAUCUAUGGCACAGAGGGUCGGGAGUGUUUGCAGAACAGCCACAACACAUCCAGGUGGGAGCAGUGCAGCUGCAGGCGCUUGUGCACAGAGUGUGGCCUGCAGGUGGAAGAGAAGAGAACUGAGGCUAUCAGCAGCUGUAACUGCAAAUUCCAGUGGUGCUGCACGGUCAAGUGUGACCAGUGUAGGCAAGUGGUGAGCAAGUACUACUGCAUGCGCUCCCCAGGCAGUGCUUGGUCCUAA